AGCUGACGACGUGGCUGCGAGACGUUUCAACCCCGUGUUUCAACGGACCGGGGCGAUUCAAACAAGGCGAACCGGCUUUAUUCACAGCUACUUCAGAGAGUCGCUGCCUUCAACAAGUCUCUCUUCUGAAGUUUGAUAGCAUCUCUGUCUGACCAUGUCUGGGAAAAUCAAGAACCGAAGCGCCGCUAACGCAGACUCGAUAACCGGCGGAGUGUCCUGCGAUGAGCGCAUCUUGCGGGAUUGUCAUCAGCUGUACACGGAUCCGGACAGCGGGUUGAUCACAGUGGCCGAAUCUGUUGGUGUGAAGUUGCUGCCGCCCAGAAAAAAGAUCACAGUGAUGCUGAUGGGCAACCACUCUGCUGGAAAAAGCUCCUUCAUCAACUGGUAUGUUGAAGAACACAUCCAGCGUACAGGAGUGGCUAUUGAGACUCAAGGCUUCAGCUUUGUUACAAGUGGGCGCAAGAGAGAAUCUCUCACAGGAAAUGCCACCCUUCAUCUAUAUCCACACUUCAAGCCUCUGCAAGAGUUCAAAGGUGUUUCGGAGUACCUGAGCACAGAGAUCUGCACGUCGCGACAGAAACGGUUCAGCCUGGUGACUUUUGUGGAUUCGCCAGGUUUGGUGGAUGGUGAUAUGAAGUAUCCCUUUGAUGUGGACGAGGUUAUCUUGUGGCUGGGUGAGCUCUGUGACCUGAUCCUGGUCUUCUUUGACCCCAUGGGUCAGGCUCUGUGCAAGCGCUCCCUCAACAUUGUGGAGAGAAUGAAUGAGAAACACGGAGAUCGCCUGCGUUUUUACCUGAGCAAGGCUGACGAGGCCGGGGGAGAGUCGGACAGACAGAGAGUAAUGAUGCAGAUUGUCCAGGAGCUCUGCAAGCGACCAGGACUCAACAAAUGUGGUUUUGACAUGCCCACCAUCUACAUUCCUAAUCCAAAUAAACCAAGUCGCUGUGUAAACCAGAUUGAGGAGGUGUGUCGCACCGUCGAGAAAACCAUCAACCAGACAGUCCAGAAUACACUCAACUCUCUGGAGAAGGACUGCGAGGUCAUCAGCGAGGCCAUUGCUGAUACGCUCAUUAACGACAGGCAGGUCAGCGUUCAGAACCGCCGGGCGCGCUGUAAGAGCUGCUUGAUGACUCUGCUGGGCUUCACCGUCCCUCUGGCUCUGAUGGCCCUACUGGUGCUGGGCAUCCUGUCCAAGGAGCUGCUGGAGGUGGCUCUGGGCCCCGAGGGCCGAGAGGCGCUCUCACUCUACCUGGCUCCCAUAGUGAGAGUGUUGGAGUCCCUGUCUGUGGAGCAGCAGCUGUACGGCUGUGGCGGACUGGUCUUCCUCUCCUUCCUGCUGCUCAUCAUCGCACGCUUCUCCUUCAGGACUCAACCAACUCUGUCCGGCAAACAGAAAAGGCAACUGCAGGAGAAGCUGGAGUACGUUCAGGAGGUGGUCAAGAGCAAAAAGAAAAAACUGUAUGAAGAAUACCUUCGCCAGAGUGUGAGCGAUCAGGACAUGGACUUGUAAGGAAACCGAUGAUUCAGCAUCCUCACACUGACACUGGACCAGAUGAAAUGAAAGCGUUGCCAAGGUUUCACACCAGCCGUCACUCUGACCACUCAGUACUGUCGCAUCGUUCAAGUGUGCAGAUGUAAUUUCUAAGCACAUGGUACUCUCGUAGAAUCCCACUUAAGAUCUGGUGCUUUACAUACUGUAAAGCCCGUGUACUUAUUAGAUGACGUUACCUCUGUAAGGACACUUAAACCACACUACCUGCAGAUAAUUAGUGUUUGUUACUGACCACUUAUUUGUCGUGAGCAUUUAUAUAAAUGUAUUUGUGCCUCUUCUUCAGUCCAAGGAAUCCAGGCGUAAACCACUUUAAGAUAUUUAAACAUUUUCAAACUAUUUAUAUUAUUACUUUAUCAGAGAAAUUGUAUUUUGGUUAAUCGACAUACAGCACUGGUUUACAUGAGUCACUUUGUAUGAGUUGGUGUUUUUGAAGACUUUAACCAGCAUUUUCUACAGUACUUUGGCUGCUUGGUAUCCUGAAGUUACGGUUUUGGUAUUAAUCCAGUUCACAUCAUGAAUGUCUGUUAGAUAUGUAGAAUAUUCAAUUAUACGCACAGCUCUUAUUAUUGAAGUCAGUAUACAGAAACCAAACAUUUUACCAGUGAUGAGAUCAACCUUUUGUAUUACAUUGUUACAUUGUGACCAUGUUUUUAAUUACAAAUGACAAAUAAAAGCAAUGUUCAACAUAUUA